AAUACCAUACUCUUCUACUGUACUCAUUCAUUUGCUAGCAAAACCAUGUCCGAGAAUCUUGAAACCAGCACGUCCUCGAGAAGUCUCGCCGAGUCACCGCAAAUUUCCACCAUACGACUUGGAAUCGAUCUCGUAUCCGCAGCCAGGCGAAAUAUCGGCUUCUUAAGGAGCGUGGCAGAUUCUACGUGGCUUCACCACGCGCCCAUUCUGAUCGAAGCCAUACGAAGGUACCACCAUUUCUGGAUGCCCUUGAUUUCUGAUCUAACGAUGACAGACUCAGCCCCUCCCAUGCUUCUUCCUCCCUUUGAUGUUCAGUGGGUUUGGUUCUGUCACACUCUCAACCCUGUAAGUUACAGGGAAUACUGCUUUACGAGAUUCUCGAAGCUUAUUGGGAGAGCGCGUAUCUUCGAUGAAGAGAACAGAGAGUACGCGUUGAUGCGAUGCAGGGAAAUUUGGAACACCAAAUACCCGUUCGAGGCGUUUGAGAAUGAGGCGAGUUCUGAUUCGCAGGAUUAUUCGAGUACUGUGGUUGAAGGGGGGAGUUUGAUGGAGGGUGUUUUCAAGAUGGUUGAAAAGCAAAGGUUGUUGUGCUCCUUGUUUGCAGAACCGUACAGGUCUGAAUUGGUCUACUUAAUAGCCGCGAGGCAGAGAUAUAAGGCUUUCUUGUUUAUGGCGCAAAGUUUCGCUCAUGAAUCUUCGCGUCUGGUACCCACUUCGGACAUUUUGUUAAUGAUGCUGACCCACCAGAGCUAUCCGACAGUGUAUGCGGAAGAUAUGAAAGCUUUAGCUUUAGAUGGUGAUUUGCAGAAGGUCGCAACUGUGUCUGAAACCGUGAAGGAAAAGGAGUUUGAAGAAACCAAAAAGUUGUGGGACAGGGCAUUCAAUCAACCUUAUGAGAAAGCCGGUGGAGAAGUGCCUUUGACAUUGGAAGGAGUUGUUUCAGUCAAAUCUCCCGUCUACUGGGAAGAAUCAGACACAGAUGUCAAUACCAAGUACAGGUCAAUGCUUCCAAGAUUUUUGCUCGAGGUCUGUGUGUUUGUGAGGCUAACGCCAAGAAUAAAGACAUCCCAAAAGGAUAUAAGCCAUGAUUUCCUACGCCUCCGAAUAGUAAGGUGUCAUAGCGAACUAAAGCUAGACAAAGCCUUCUCCAAUUUCACCGUUGAUUCAUGGAAAAAAGCUUGGCAUUUUUACUGUGAAUUUGGUACUAGGGGACUUUUGCUUGAGCAUCGGCGGCAUGGCAGUAACUGUCUGAGAGGAAGUAACCUGCAAGACACUGUUUCGUUCCGCUGGAAUGAUUUAUUGAGAGCAGAUUCUUUAACUUUGGAAAAAGAAGUUCGUCAACAGGUGAAUGUUGUUACAUCAAUUACCCCACCGGUUCAAGCACCAUACUUGUUAAAAUGUGUGCCGGAUCGAGUCACAGAUGAUUCUGGGGCAAUGAUAUCUGAUGUGAUUCUGAAAAUGAAUAGUUAUCAUCCUCAAGAAGGGCGAUGGUUGUCUCGCACAGUUCUCGAUCAUGUGGGGAGAGUUUGUUUUGUUAUUAGAAUUAGGGUAGGAGGAGGAUUUUGGAGAAGAGGAGGUGAAAUUCCUUCAGCUGUAAAAUGGGAAGAUAGGAUUAUAGAAAUACGUGAAGGAUCCUGGUCUUAUGUUGCUGGUUCCAUUGGUAGAGCCCCUGUACAGAGAAGGUGGUGGCCACUGCGACACCAAAGGAACCUGCUGAACAAUGUAAAGCUGCAUGGUGCUUUUCAACAGGAGAUGAGCUUAUAAUACAGUGGGAUUCAUCACAAUCUGUGUCAAGUCUUACCUUUAGUUUGAGAAAUCAAACAUCUCCAGAGUCAUCGGUAAAGUUAUUGAAAGGAAGGAAAAUGCAAUAUCAAGUAAAGAAAGUAAAGUCAAAGAGAAAAAGUG